UGUGCAUGUAUAGAAUAGCUGUGUUUGAUAGCAGCUCCAACAGUCUCAGUGGGUGAUGUUUGGUGAAAUCUCACGCAUCUUUGCUCCAGUUCCCUCACUGCGAGACCAGCAGCACGCUGAUAAACACACGCGAGCCAUGCGAAUUUAAAGCUCUGCGACAUAAACUCACCACAUGCUGCAGCAAAUCUGACAUAUCUGAGAUAUUUUACAAGAAGUUGGUGGAUUAUCGGAGUAACUGGAGAAGUUAUGCUUUUUCCCUGACCAUCGCAAAAGCUUAAAAAUGAAUCCUCAUUGCGCGCGCUGUGGGAAAAUUGUCUACGCAACAGAGAAAGUGAACUGCCUGGACAAGUAUUGGCACAAAGGAUGCUUCCAUUGUGAGGUGUGUAAAAUGACUCUCAACAUGAACAACUACAAGGGAUAUGAGAAGCAGCCCUACUGCAACGCGCACUAUCCAAAACAGACCUUUACAAUUGUGACAGACACCCCGGAGAACCUACGGCUGAGACAGCAAAGUGAGCUCCAAAGUCAGGUCAAGUACAGGAAGGAUUUUGAACAGAGCAAGGGUCAGGGCCUCAAAUUUGUCUUGGAUACUCCAGAGCUACAGAGACUGAGGAAGGCCCAGGAUCAGAUCAGUAAUGCAAAGUAUCAUAAGGAUUUUGAGGUGUCAGGUUUGCAUGGGGUCACUCAGGGAACGCGUGGGUCGUACCUGGUACGGGCUCAGAUGACGCCUAACCAUGAGACGGUGGGGAACAGCACACACAAGGGUGUCCAUCAGUACAUCAUGGAGAUGGAUCGAAGACCUGGCGUCAUUGUGGCACCUGUUCUCCCUGGUGCAUACUAUCCCAGUGGCUACAGCUACAUGCAUCAGACCAGCAUGCAUUCACUGAGGUCAAUGCAGCCGAGGGCACAACACAUGGGCAUGACUGUGUACAGGGCCCUGUAUGACUACACAGCGCAGGAUUACGAUGAGGUGUCAUUCCGGGAUGGUGACAUCAUUCAGAAUGUGCAGCCGAUCGAUGAAGGCUGGAUGUAUGGAACGGUGCAGCGGACGGGGAGGUCUGGUAUGCUGCCUGCUAACUAUGUAGAGGGCAUCCGCUAGUCGUUCCUACAUCUCUCACUGAACCUCAAAUCAAACACCAAAUCUGAAUGCUCAUUAAAUGGCCACAGGUACAACUCUAUUUUAAUAGUGUGAAUUGUUCCACUUUGUGUUUAUAAUGUUAACUUUCUUAAUUUUGUUAUUCUGAACGUCCAGUGUAAGUGAAUGUACUCUACUGUUCAAAAGUUUGUUGUCUGUAAGAUUUUUAU